UAGGGUGGGCAGACAGCUUAACGAAGUCUAUGCGCUACCCAUUCUAAUGCUUAUGGGUUAUGGAUUUUUUAUUGUCACGGCCCAGUUGUAUUUCUUUUAUUGUUCUCAAGUGAAUCAGAUAGUACCAGCCCUGUUUCGUCCCUGCCAAAGUUGGUGGAUAACCUGUCUAUAUAUCUGGUAUGUAUCCUCAAAAUGUAUAGCUAUUUUAAGAGGAAACUGGAAAACAAAUUUGGAAUCAAAAAAGACCGGCGUUUGUAUACAUCGCUGUGCCGUGGCAGAUGAUAAAAAUGAGACCUAUGAAAUGAUUAAUCACCUUUCAUUAAAACUAUUCAAUCAAGCUUUAAACUCUAAUGCCUGUGGUUAUUUUUCCUUAGAUAUGGAAACAUUAUUUGGUUUUUGUGGUGGCAUUACAACAUAUUUAAUCAUCUUAAUACAAUUUAAUCUUGAGCAACAACAAGUAAAAUCAAACAAUGAUAAUGGCGAUGAUAAACAAAUGGAAUUAAAUACGUUGAAUACUGACCCGAAGAGCUACGAUACCAAUGAGGAGCAUGUGUUUAAUGGGACACAUAGUGUGAAUAUGACUUCAUUAUUUAAUGUAUUCUAUUUCACUUGGAAUGAAUACUUUAAGAAUUUGUGA